CAUUUUUUUCGUGGUUUUUCCCAUCUCUAGUCACAGCCUGGCUGCACAAAUUUGAAGAUGCUGGCUGGCUUGGUUUUUGUUUUGUCUGGGUCUGUCUGUGUUUGAGAUUAUUUUACACGGCAGAUAAAAGAAGUAAUUAAAUCAACGUGAUUUUAACUUUCGGAGGAACUAAUUACCUACAACUAUGGCUAGAAGAGAGCGUCGUUCUAAUGCCGGCAAUCGAAUGGCAAAAUUGCUCGAUGAUGAGGAAGAGGAUGAUUUCUAUAAAACAACUUACGGAGGUUUCCAGGAGGUUGAAGAAGAUAGAGAUUAUGUGCAAGAAAGAGAAAUAGAUGACAUUGUUGAUUCAGAUUUUGAUAUAGAUGAAAAUGAUGAACCAGUAUCUGACCAAGAGGAAGAAGAAAAGAGAAAACGCCAAGUUGGCACUAAAGCUUAUAAAGAUCCCAACAGAAAAAGAAAAGGAGCAUCUAAACAUAAGGAGCCACUGGCUAAAAAGCCAAAAGAACCCAAGCCCAAGGAAGAGAGGGCUGACAAGACUGAAAAACUCGAUAAAUCAGCAUUAGAUUCUUCAAUAGAAAGAAAAUCGAUACGACAAAGUACAGCAGUGAAGUCACUAGAAACUCAACAGAGGAUAAAGAUUCGAUCAGAACUACAGAAAAAGAAGGUGAAGAAAGUGGAAGAGAGGAUGCCUACGCAGGAAGAAUUGUUAGAGGAAGCUCUAAUUACUGAACAGGAGAAUUUGAAGAGUUUAGAAAGGUUUGAACAAAUUGAAAUGGAACGAAAGAAAGUGAGGCCUAUAAAGAAAACUAUCACAGGACCCAUUAUUAGAUAUCAUUCAUUUUCGGUACCACUAAUAUCCGAAAUUGGAGAUGAUGACAAAACCAGCUUGACACCUAUUGCAGAUCUGAGUUUAAGUGACAUAAUUAAAAGUGAAGAAGGUCUACUGACGCCAGGAGACCUAUCAAACGUGGAUGUUUCAAUGCCAGAACUUAAACCAGAGACAAUUGAAGACAAUAAAGUGAACAGUGACGACGCAACAAGAAGUACUAAAAUUGACAUAGACGUCGUUGGUCUUGACGAGGAGAUUAAAAUUGAUGAUGUACCCAAGAAAGAAAUAAAAUCGUCUAAGCCAAAGCCAAAGAACGUGAAAUGCGUCGAAAGAACAUUACUCACGUUUGAAAAUGACAUCAAUGAUGAAGCAUUCAAUUCUUGCUUCCCCAAAUCGCAACCUAAGAAGAGGAGAGAACUACUUUGUGCUGUUACUAAAAAACCAGCCCGCUACAUAGAUCCCAUAACAAAACUGCCAUACAGAAGCGUGGACGCAUUCCGUAUAAUCCGUGAAGCGUAUUACCAACAACUAGAAGCACGAGGAUCUCGCACCGACUCGCAGACGGCAGCCUGGUUGCGAUGGAGACGAGCUGACGCGGCGUCCACUUAUGUGCAGAUUCAUAUUAAAUGAUAAUACCUAGUUAGAACUAUGUUAAGUGUUCUUUAUAACGUAUACGUCAUCAAAACAACAACUAGGAAAAUCUGUAAUACAUAGUUCCUGAAAUUUCUGUAAUUCAAUCAUGAGUUUAGAAACUUGGAAGUCGUUUGCGAACACGUUAGUGCAUAGUCAUACGGACUUCGCCCCGACUGCAAAAUAGGUAUCGCACCAGCGGUGAAACAGGAUUUAACUUGCAUUUGCAAAAAAAGAAAAAAAUGGAGCAUCGACAAGCAAAAAAAAAAAUUUGCAACCACUCUCUUGUGGAAUAAAAACUUUACAAUUUCAAACACCGCAGAAAAGUGGCCUGCUUGUCGGUUUACUAUGGGAUACGUUUCGGAAAGUGCGCAUUCUACUUUCACCGUUCCUUCUUCCCUCGAAAGUCUGGAAUACUCCAUCCUUAUGUCGUUUUUGCUUUAACAGCUUUUGUUUCUAUUUAGCAGCUGUUAUCGGAAUGCAGCUCUAGUGACUACAUUUUAAAACGAGCAUAUUUAAGUUCUUUACGCGUCCACUAGGAGCGCUGGACUAUUUCGCAUUUGGAAAUAUUUUACAAUAGGUCCUCGUAUCAGUCAUAUUCAAUGCUUGUAACUAAUCUGCUUAUAAAGCGAUACUAUCUUAUAAAGCUUAUAUAGCGAUAAUUCAGUGUUUCUACAAUGCGGUUGCUGUGACAGUUGUAGCUAGCGAUCCCGCAAAGGAUUUGACAAUUUUAUUUGGCCAAUUGUACAGCGCCAUCUAGUAGUCACAAGAAAAAGCAACUUAUUUUUUUUACGCGGUCGCUACCGACUAUACUAUAUAUGACUAUAAACUCGUGAGGGUACAGAUGCGUAUGGUAAAUAUUUUGUAGAGCGACUGUUGGACUUUCCACUGGUUUUACGGUCUGUCGUAUUUGAUGACCUCAAUGUUAAAAGUGGUAUUAAAUAUAGUGAGUUGUUUUAAAAUUGUAUGAUCUCUAUGUUGUAGUGGAGAUUGCAAAUCCACAGCAUU